AUGGAGGAGGCAGACGAUCAGUCUUUCCAGCCUUUUACAGGGCACAAAAAAAUUCUCAAUACCAUCUCAUACUCGCCUGAUGGCAAGUCCAUCGCAACUGGCUCAAGAGACAACACGAUCCGCGUCUGGGACGCCAAAUCGGGCAGACAAGUAGGGAAUACGAUGCGCGGACACACUGACGACGUCAACAACAUCUCUUACUCUCCUGACGGCAAAUCCCUCGUUUCUUGCAGCGAUGACGGUACUGUGCGUCUCUGGGACAUUACAGAUGCCGGAGGCGCGUAUGCAAAGACCCUUGAGCUACAAAAAAUCCAAGUAAUGGUUGCCAAGUAUUCUCCGGACGGGCGGUACAUUGCUAUUUGCGGCACAGACAAGACGCUCAAAAUCUGGGACACACACGAAGGACGGUUGACGUUGAAGGCCGAAUACGGCGGCCAUACCCAGUGGGUUUUCUGUGCUGCGUGGCACCCAAGUGGGAAGCAGCUCUCCACCUCUUGCGCUGACCCCUAUAUUCGCAUCUUUAAUUUGUCAAACCCUAACGUGGUGGCUUUGCUCAUUGAGGGACAUCGGGAUAAUGUCUGCUCAGUGAUGUACUCGCCAGAGGGAAACUUUCUGGCGAGCGGGGCAUACGACUGCAGCGUGCGACUAUGGGAUGCACUGACGGGGAAAGCCGUGAAGAGUCCAUUUCGAGGCCAUAGGCGCGGUGUUUCGUCCGUGGCGUGGUCUCCCGACGGCACGCGCAUCGUCAGUAGUUCUGGGGACCAUUCAAUUCGCGUUUGGGAUGUCAGCACUGGUCAAAACUUCUUCGACGGAGCUUUGUACGCACAUAAAAUCGACAUAUGGAGCAUUUCGUACUGUCCCGAUGGAAGGUUCUUUGCGUCAGCGGAUGGCAGCGGCCGAGUUCAAGUAUGGGACGCGCUUACAGGCAAACCGUCACUUCCUUCGUUACUAAUGGAUCCUCUCACUGGCCACGAGGGAGCAGUCUAUGUUGUAAAGCUGACGCCUGACGGCACUCGAGUAGUCAGUGGAGGCCAUGACAAAGCGGUGCGUUUGUGGGAUGCACGCACCGGCAAAGCUCUCCGCGUCAUCGAGGCUCACACAGACGCCGUGCGUGCGCUCUCCGUGACAAAAGACGGGAGCAAGCUGGCAAGUGGCGGGGACGACAACUGUGUCUACGUCUGGGACAUGCAGACUUUUGAGCGCAUCGCCGGACCGUUCAAGCACGAUGGUCCUAUCUGUUCCGUAAGCUUUGCUCCUGACGGUUCGCGGCUCAUUAGCGGCUCAGACGACUUCACCGCCCGUGUUUGGAAGAUUGCAACUGGCAGCCUUGCAUUUGAUCCUAUCCGCGUUCAUGCAGGCCCAGUCGGAGCGGUCGAUUGGUCGCCGGACGGUACAAAGGUAUUGACCGCAGGCGCUCGUGACUGGACAAUAUGGAUAUGGGAUGGGUCCACUUGCGAGCGCAUUCUGGGUCCUUUAGAGCCGUUGUCCUUGGAUGGGGGUAAAAUUCUCACCUUUGCGGAUGGCCGUGAAAACGGCAUCGCUGCUGCUUCCUUUUCUCCAGAUGGAAUGCGCUUCGCAAGCGGCUUCAUGAACCACCGGCUUCAUGUAUGGGAUACAACUACAGGUGUGGUUCUUCUUCCAAAAGCUGAAAAGGGCAAGGAUACCGAGGUAGGGUGGCUUCUAGAUCUCCGCGUCUGUUCUGACCACUUUGCGCUCCCACUUAGUCAAACCCAGAGAAAGCGGAGGCGAGUAAACUUGAUGGUGUGCAACGACAGCCUGUAA